AUCUCUCUUGUUGACAAACGAGGCACGGGGAGAAGCAAGUCGCCGAAACUGCCUAAAAGUUCGGAGAGGUCAAGGGCCACUCCAUGAUCAAGAAUACUUACAGUUUAUUCAGCUAUUUUAGCAAACACAUUCAAGUAAGAUCAUACAGCAUGAAGAUCAAUGAAGUGGUAAGCUGUCUCAACAGCCUCGCACCCACAUCACUUGCAGAGUCUUGGGAUAAUGUGGGGCUGCUGGUGGAACCGUAUACCAGGAGAGACAUUACGAAGAUGUUACUCACAAACGACCUGACGGAAGCAGUGAUGGAUGAGGCGGAGACGCUCGACGUAAACUUCAUCCUGUCAUAUCAUCCUCCGUUGUUUAGACCUAUCAAGAGAAUCACCUGCAAAGCUUGGAAGGAACGCAUUGCUGCAAGGUGCCUGGAGAAGGGCAUUGCCGUAUAUUCACCUCAUACUUCCUAUGAUGCUCUAAAGGGAGGCGUGAAUGAUUGGCUAAUUGAGGCUUUUGGUGAGGGGUCAGUGAGCCCAAUACAAGCAAGCACAGCCUCCCCACCCUUUAGUCACAAGGUAACUGUCACUGCAGCUGAUGAAACUGAAGCCUUGGAACUAAGGGACAAGUUUGCCGGUCAUCUUGGCAAGUCUCAGAAUGUUACAAGGACAAAUGGCAGCUGUGUUGAAAUUCUGUGUAAUGAGAAUACCUUACCAGCCAUUGUAAGCCUCGAUGGAGCCACCACCAAGCCACUGACUAUCUCAAAACUGGAGAAUGUGCCCAUUGUUGGUCAUGGAAUGGGAAGGAAAUGCCAGCUGUUGAGGCCGAUGACCAUAACAGAAGCGAUUGGCAGGAUCAAAGCCCACCUGGGUCUUCCAUAUGUCAGAUUAGCCCUUGCUCAUGGAGCAACAUUAGGUUCGAAGAUUCAGAGUGUAGCAGUAUGUGCUGGUUCAGGAUCAUCAGUGUUGCGUGGAGUCAAAGCAGAUCUGUGGCUGACUGGAGAGAUGUCUCAUCACGAAGUGCUUGAUGCCACUCACCAGAGGUCUUCGGUGGUGCUUACAGACCACUCAAACUGUGAGCGUGGAUAUCUCCAGACUCUUCAGCCACGUCUCCAAGACUUGUUUGACCAGAAAAUAGAAGUAAUUGUGUCAGCAAAGGAUAGAGAUCCUCUUGAAGUUGUUUAAAUACAUUUUGUUUCUCUCUGUGCUAUUAUUAUAUCUUCAAAGCUUAGUAUUUAGUAUGGUUCUAAUUUUGGGUUUUAGGUUUUGGGGAAUGUUUAUGGACAGUUCCCUUACUUGCAAAAGGUGAUUUAAGAAAAAUGGUGAAGGCCUAAGCCAGGGAAAUACCAUUUACUUUGAGAUUGUGAAUCUAAUUCCUUAAUAAAUUUGAACAAUUU